AUGCACCGCGGCCGCCAGAGAGGAAGUUGCGCCAUUUGUCGACAUCAGAGCCGUAUGGAGACAGGCUGAGACCACAACCCGUCAUUUUCCCCCGAUUUCCUACAUUUUCUAGCGUCACAGACGUUUUCUGUCGCGUUGGUAUUUCACAAGAGAUACCGUAGAAACUAUUUGUUGGAGAAAGUUACAUCUGAGCGGUAAAGAUGCCGAAGAAUAAGGGUAAGGGAGGAAAGAACCGAAGAAGGGGAAAGAAUGAGAAUGAGUCGGAGAAGAGAGAGUUGGUGUUCAAGGAGGAUGGACAAGAGUAUGCACAGGUGACAAAGAUGCUGGGGAAUGGCAGACUGGAGGCCAUGUGCUUUGAUGGCCAGAAACGAUUGUGUCAUAUCAGAGGGAAGCUGAGGAAAAAGGUGUGGAUUAACACAUCAGACAUCAUUCUGGUGGGGCUGAGAGAGUACCAGGAUGCAAAGGCCGAUGUGAUCCUGAAGUACAACGCUGACGAGGCCCGGAACCUGAAGUUAUAUGGAGAGUUGCCAGAAUCCGUACGAAUCAACGACACAGUGACGUAUGGUGAGGGUGGUGAGGAGGAUGACAUCACCUUUGACGACUUUGAGAGAGAAGAGGAUGAAAUUGAGAAUAUCUAAGCUUCCAGUCCAGCAUCAGAAUCACUGUUCCUUGUUCUCACUAUGGAAGAAGAAGAAAGAAAAUACAAAGAUACAAGAACAUUUAAUCUAGGAUAUGCAGCUUGGAAUGCCUCUAACUUGUGCUGAAUUGUGUAGGCAGUUCAUUAAGAAUACUUUGUACUUGCAAUUUUUGAGAAGUGAAACAACUCCAUAUUUGUAUGUAUGACAUGUAAGCAAAAACAGAGGUUGGUUAAAAGCAAAGUAGUUUUAAAAAAGAAAAAUGGUUGUUAGAAGAUUUUUUUUGAAGCAAACAAAUCCAUGUAGAGGUAAGUUGCCUGGUAUGAUAUCUAGAAAUUGUCCUGUGUUGCUCAAAUUUGUGGUAUCUGGUCACACUGUAGGUUGGUUUUGAAUGAGAGUCAACAGAUAUGUGUUUUGAGUAGUGUAUUUAUAUGUCACAUCCAGGCAUUAUUCAACACACAUGUACAUGUGAUGAUUGUGACUACAGCAUGGCCCAAUUAUGUAUAUUCUGCAUGAGACAACAAGUUAAAGCAUCAAUAUUGUUGACAAUAUGAAGUCCUAUAUAUUGCAAAAUAAAAGAAAAAUACAUGGGCAAUGUCUGGUUUGGUAGUCCAAGCUAGCAAUAUAAUGUUACUUCUUCAAUAAACCAGUCUAUAUAAUGGGCACCUUGUAACUUACACAUGUAGAUUAUAAAAGGUAAAGAAAUGUACAAUACAUGAAACAAUGUUCAAGUACCACUGCUAUGUUAUUGUGGUGAAUUGUGCUGGUGUAUUGUUUUUCAGAAUGUGAAAAUAAAGCUGUAUCAAUCUCAUCAA